AUGUUGUACUUGGUGAAAUCACGUUCACCUCAGGCUCACAUGAACCUGAAACCAUAUACAGAUGCAGUACUGCAGGUACGAUCUAUUGACCUCAUCAGGACCAGCAAAGGACAGAAUCGACAGGAGCAUCACACGGAUGGUUUCUUUAGCAGUCAUCUCAUCGUCCGUAGAGGACAGUGUUUCCAGAUGUCUAUUGAGCUGUCCAGACCUUUUGUUCCAAACAGAGACCAACUUCAGCUGGAGCUGAGACUUGGUGACGACAUACCCGUACACAAGGGCAGUUUUGUAAUUGUUCCAUUAGUGUCGGAAUUCAAGAAAGAUGCCUGGGAGGUAAAGAUUGUUGAACAGGCGAAGACUUCAAUCAGACUGUCAGUUUACUCCCUCCCAAACGCUUGUAUUGGACGGUACAAACUCACUGUGGUCACAAACUGCCCGGCGGGAAAGGCCACUUCACCAGACACACCUGAAAAUGACAUUUACAUGCUGUUCAACCCCUGGUGCAAAGAUGACUCUGUGUACAUGAAUGAUGAAGCUGAGAGGACUGAAUAUGUACUGAAUAAUAUGGGCAAACUGUACUAUGGAACAGAGCAACAGAUUGGUACCAGAACCUGGAAUUUUGGUCAGUUUGAUGAAGGAGUCUUGGCGGCUUGUUUCUUUGUGUUGGAGAAAAGUGGCAGUCCUUGCUCGGGAUGGGGAGACCCUGUUAACAUAGUCAGAGUGGUGUCUGCCAUGGUCAAUUCCAAUGACGAUCAAGGUGUGCUGAUGGGUAACUGGCAAAAUACCUAUGAGGGAGGACUUUCUCCAACAGCCUGGAGUGGAAGCAGUGCCAUCCUGAAACAAUACCACAACAGUAAAGGAAUACCUGUCAAAUUUGGACAGUGCUGGGUCUUUGCUGGAGUCACCAACACACUGUGUCGGUGUUUUGGCAUUCCCACACGUCCAGUCUCAAACUUCAGUUCUGCUCAUGACACUGACAGUUCCUUGACAACAGAUGUUUAUUUAGACGAGAAUCUUAAAGAAAUUAAAGACCUUAACCGGGAUUCAAUCUGGAACUUCCACGUGUGGAAUGAGGCCUGGAUGUCCCGUCCCGACCUGCCAUCUGGUUUUGGGGGUUGGCAGGUGGUUGACUCCACUCCUCAGGAGACCAGCCAGGGCGUCUUCUGCUGCGGCCCAACAUCUGUUGCUGCGGUCCGCAGUGGACAGACCUUCCUCAAAUAUGACACGGGCUUCGUUUUUGCUGAAGUGAACAGCGAUAAAGUCUACUGGCAGCGCAAAACUAACGGGACCUUCGAUGUGAUUCGGGUUGACAAGAGCGCAGUGGGUCACUGCAUCAGCACCAAAGAUGUUGGCUCAGACAAACGUGUGGACAUCACACACCUCUACAAACACCCAGAAGGUUCGUCGGAGGAGCGCAAAGCUGUGGAAGCGGCCUGUAGCUUCGGCUCCAAGCGAUCCGUCUACUCUCCCACCAGUGCCAGUGAUGUGACUGUUGACGUGUCCAUCCGGGGGGAUGGACCAUGUGUUGGUCAGGAUGCUGAGCUGUCCAUCCUUCUGAAGAACAACAGCAGCGCUCCUCGCAGUGUUGAUCUCUACAGCCAGGCGACAGCCAACAAGAUCGUCCUGAAGAAGGACCAGACCAGUGUUGAGCUCAAGCCCCAUGAAGUGCGGUCUCUGGAGUGGACCCUGCACUAUGAGGAAUAUAAGGAGAAGCUGCUGGGUCAGUCGGCUCUGGUGCUCACUCUCUCGGGACGGGUCACUGAGACCAAACAAAGUCUGGCCAAACAGUUCAGCUUCAGACUGCGUACCCCAGACCUCAUCAUCGCUCCUGUAUGUGAUGCUGUAGUGGGCAGAGAGCUGACAGUCAAGAUCAAAUUCCAGAACCCACUGCCCCGUGUCCUGAAGGACGUCGUGAUCCGGAUCGAGGGGCUGGGAAUGCAGAAUGUCAAAACCACUCACUACGGUGAUAUCGCAGCCCAAGCCACAAUGAGUCUGACAGAGACAUUAGUUCCCAAUCGCUCCGGCUCACAGAAGCUUCUAGCAACACUUGACUGUCCUCAGCUCACUCAGGUGCAUGGAGUCGCAAACAUCUUGGUCAAAGGCCGCUGAGAAACCUUGGCUU